AUGGAUUCGCACCAGCUCGAAGAUGCAGUCGAUACCGACUCUCCAGAAAAUCCCGUGGCCGAACCGUCACCUCUUGAGCCUUCCGCCUUCACCAGACAGCCCACUGCCACAGACCCUUUGCUCGGACCCAGGCCCGCCACACUCGACACCUGUCAUAACGAGAUAUAUCGCCUCUAUAUCUCUGAGAAUAAAACCUUAGCUGAAGUCAGAGAGACUCUGAAGCGAGAUUUCGAUCUCGACGUGAAACCGAAGCCCCUGAAGACGAAGCUUGGCAAGUGGGGAUAUAGUAAGGAUUUGAAAAGAGGCGACGCGCUGCAGAUCAUUCAGACCAAGGCCCGCCGCGAAGCCCAAGGCAAACAGUCGGCCGUCGUGCUGCGCGGACGGGCUGUCGACCUAGACAAGCAGCAGACAGCUCUCCCAGAUGAGUCCCGGGCCUUGGUUGCCACAAGAGAUGUCGUGUGUAUCACGCUGCCGCCGUCGCUUCCUGGAUCUCUCCCCGUGAUCCAGCAGUGGCGAGUCCCGGAGAAGAUUCUUGUCGACGUCGACACCCUGAUCAGGGGCAUGUUUGAGGCUAAGUCGUGGCGUCCAAACGGACACGACCUGUUGAUCCGUAGCUCGUGGUCGCAGACGUCCGAGUCGAUAACGCUGGAGCAGUUCCGCGCCAACCUCAACAACGGCAGCGACGCGGCGCGGCGCAGCGACUUUGGCGUGGCGUUCAACUACUGCAAGGCGGCGUUCAUACAGGGCGGCGUGGCUGCGCGGCUCAAAACCCACAUCGCCGAGUGCUGCAGGACGUUCGCAGCGCCAACCAAGACCAACUCGUCGAGGCCGUCUAUUCUUCGCGGCCUGUCCCGCAUAGACGCGCUCUUCGGGCCGUGGGACCGGCGGAUGCUAGAUGUCGCCAGUCUCCGUGUCGAGAUCUUGAUUCUCAGAGGGCGUCUGGGCGAGGCCGAGACCGAGGCGAGGGCGUUUGUGGACCGGGCCGAUGCCGUGCAGAACGACGAGUGGCAGCGCUUCUACAGUCUCAUUCGUGCCCGCUUCUUCCUUAGCAGCGCCCAGUACGCGCUGAGGAAGCGAGGCGAGGCUAUUGAGAGCCUGUCGGACGCCCAGCUGUAUGAAGCGGAACUGUCCAAGCUCAACGAUUUUGGCAUUUUUAACGGGGAGAAGGUGAGGAUCAAGAUUUAUCUGGAGGCACUGAAAGAUGAAAACUGGGCUCGGACGGAAGCACUGAGUGAGUGUUAA